GAAUAUUUUCAUAUAUUUUCACAGAAACAUGGUGGCAGACCAAAGCGCAGAGAAGCAGAAGAUGUGAAAGGGUUUUUUUUUUUCACAAGGGUUUAUCAGAUCACCUCCAAGAUUGCGACUUUCCCUAUCCUGGAUUCAUACCAAGAUUGGAACAAAGGCCUGGGAGGUGGUGUAUCAUAUUUAUCUCUCAUGAAAUAUGGCAACAAAGUCAUUGAACAAUAUUUGGAUUCGACGCCAGCAAUGUCCAUGUGGUGACUGGAAGUGUUAUGUCAAGUAUGAAGGAGAUGAUCAGUCAAUGCUAGGAUCUCAGCUAGUGAAGAACGAGAAGUUGUCAUUGUCAUCAUCAGAAGUUGUUUUCACUCCUUAUGUUGGUCAGAUAUUCAAAAGUGAUGAUGAAGCAUUUGAGUACUACAGCAACUUUGCUAGAAAAAAUGGGUUUUCAAUUAGGAAGGCCCGCUCAACUGAAAGCCACAAUUUAGGGGUCUAUAGAAGAGAUUUUGUUUGUUACCGGUCUGGUUUUAACCAGCCCAGGAAAAAAGCAAAUGUGGAGCACCCAAGGGAUAGGAAGUCAGUACGAUGUGGAUGUGAUGCAAAAUUGUAUUUGACGAAGGAAAUUGUUGAUGGUGUUACACAAUGGUACAUUUCACAGUUUAGCAAUGUUCAUAACCAUGAAUUAUUGGAGGACGACCAAGUGCGCCUCCUGCCUGCAUACAGAAAAAUACAAGAAGAUGAUCAAGAACGUAUUCUUUUGCUCUCCAAAGCUGGGUUUCCUGUGAAUCGGAUUGUGAAGGUGUUGGAAAUAGAAAAAGGAGUUCAACCAGGGCAGUUACCCUUUAUAGAAAAAGAUGUUAGAAAUUUUAUUAGGACUUGUAAGAAAACAGUUCAAGAAAAUGAUGCAUUGCUCACUGAGAAAAGAGAAAGUGAUAUGUUGGAACUUAUUGAGGCUUGCAAAGCUAUGGCAGGGAGGGGUGAAGGAUUUGUUUACAAUUUUACAACUGAGGAGAGUGGUAAACUUGAAAACAUUGCAUGGUCAUAUGGAGAAGCCGUUCAUGCAUUUUCAGUCUUUGGUGAUGUUGUCACUUUUGACACCACAUAUCGCUCUAUCACCUAUAAUAUGCUUCUUGGGGUGUGGUUUGGCAUGGACAAUCAUGGCAAGCCAAUUUUCCUUGGAUGUGUUAUGUUACAAGAUGAAAGUUCUCGGUCAUUUUCCUGGGCAUUACAGACUUUUGUUCGAUUUAUGAGAGGACGGCCUCAGACAAUUGUAACUGACAUAGAUUCGGGGCUUAAAGAUGCUAUAGCUCUUGAGUUGCCAAAUUCUAAACAUGUUAUAGGUUUAUGGAAAAUUUUGUCGAAAGUAUCUAGUUGGUUCUCUUUGCCUCUUGGCUUGCAGUAUGAAGAAUUCAAAUCUGAGUUUGAUGUAUUGUAUCAUCUGGAGACCAUCGAGGAUUUUGAGCACCAAUGGAACCAUCUAGUUGCUCGGUUUGGACUUGGUUCAGAUAAACACAUAGCUCUGCUCUAUUCCUGUCGAGCAUCCUGGCCAUUUUCCUAUAUUAGAGGUUACUUUCUGGCUCGUACUAUGACACCUGAGUAUUCAAAAUCAGUUGAAACAUUCUUGAGGAGUAUCUUGAGUGCACAGACAUGCUUGCAAAUCCUAUUUGAACAGGUUGGCAAUGUUGCUAGAUUUGAAUACCAGAGACGAGGAAAGCUGCAGUAUGUUCCCCUUAAAACAUGCCUACCUAUAGAGGAACAUGCACGUAGCAUACUUAGUCCUUAUGCCUUGAAUGCAUUACAACAUGAAAUUGUGCUUUCUAUGCAAUAUGCAGCAACCGAAAUGGCUAAUGGCCCAUUUCUUGUGAGGCAUUACAAGAAAAUGGAAGGAGAAUGUUUUGUGUUUUGGAUACCAGAGGAUGAACAGGUUCACUGUUCUUGUAAGGAAUUUGAACAUUCUGGUAUAUUAUGCAGACAUUCUAUUCGAGUAUUUGUACUGAAGAACUACUUCCAACUCCCAGAAAAGUGUUUUCCACUUCGAUGGAGACUUGAGAGUUCCUUGGUUCCCAUGGAUGAUGCAAUCAGUCAAUCCAGCAACGAUGAGUGUUCUCAAGUCAUUCAUUCUCUUACUACAACUCUUCUUUCAGAAUCAUUGAUCUCCAAGGAACGUUUUACUUAUGUUCAUGGAGAACUUGUGAAGCUUAUUGAGAAUGUCCGUGAUAUGCCACCAGCUAAUAAUGAAGUUGUUUUGAAUUUGGCACCUAAAAAUGUCAGUGAACCUUAGGAAAGAGUACAGAGGAUAAACUGAAUUGGGAACUCCAUUUGCAGUGCAUUUCUGCCUGGUGCUUUUGGCUCGGGUGAAUUUGUAAGGCAAGUCUUAUCAGUGGUUUUAUUGUUUACUCAUAUUGACAAUUUGGUAAGUGCUUUAUUAUCUUUUUUGGCUCCUGAUUGCUGAUUGAUUUUCCAUUCAGUGGUUUAAUUGUUUACUCAUAUUGACAAUUUGGGAAGUGCUUUAUCUUUUUUGGCUCCCGAUAGCUGAGUGAUUCUGCACUCCCUCCUUCUCCUUCUCCUCCUCCUCCUUCUGCCUUUCUUUUUUUAAUUGGUUUUACUGUGCACUUAAUUGAUUGGAAAUCUAACUUGUUUUUUGGGUGGGAACAUGCAAAUACUGGCUAAGUAGCAUAUUUUAAAUGUGGCUUAAUGUAAAAAUGUUUAUUACAAUUCUAUAACAGAUGUUUUGUUGAUGAUUUAUGCUUGUGGGCUAGCUUAAGUUUCUUAUAUUAAAUCCUUUGUUGCUUCUGUGUUGGUACUAAGCCAUUGUAUGUAAUCUAUCAUCAAAAGGCAUCAUUUGUUAAUCUCUGUCUAGAAGACUAUAUGCAAGCCUGAGUGAACCUUCAAAUAUCUAUCCUGCACUCAUUCAGGAAGAUACUUAUAAUGGGUUAGAGCCCAUAUCAACAAUCUUGCAAACAGGUUGUAUUAAGCGAAGGUGGAACACAGGAUUCUUUUCUCCCAAUGCCCUAAAUCCCUCAGAACAAAAGUUGUUAUAACAGCAUUAAAUUAUAGCCUCCUAGUUAGUUGUAACAGCAUUAAAUUGUAGCCUCCUAGUCAGUCUUUCUAUACAUACAGUUAAGAGCAAUUGCUAGGCCUUGCUGAAGGUAAUAACUUUCUAGAAUCAUACAUCUAUUAAAAAUGGUUUUGUUUGACAUAGAAAUUGUACUUUAAGUUCUAUAUCACAUAAGAAACUUUAGGAUGAGAAUUAACUAUGCAGUAUUAAUCAAUAACUGGAGAAAUGGUGUUUGUGUGACUAUGUCUCUGCAUCAGUUCUAUUAACCAUGAUAAGAAAGUUGCUGCUGAGUUAUAACUUAGAUUUUCCUUCCCUGUUGAGUUGCCAUGCCUUAAAUUCCUACAGAGUUGUGAAGCCUAUUUUUUAUGCUUUUAAUUAAAAAAAAAAAAGGCAUAAAAUCUUUUAUAUGCAGGUGGUCCAAUAAACUAUUAACUCCUAUAGGUUCUCUUGAGCCCCUGAUUGCUAUCUCCCAGGAGUUGAGGCGUUGAGGUUUAAGACUCAGUAUGGUUCACAAUGGCUAAAGCUACAGACAGUUUACGCCAUAAGAGAUGGCUGAAUGGACAUACCACGCUGAACCCACACUGGUUAGUCCAGGGGACGAGGACAGAUCCUUAAAUGAGCCAUAAACACGGAUAUCCUGGGUACAAUUCUCGCCUGAUGCUUGACAGGCUGUUUAACGUACUUGUGGAUACAAUAUGACCUUGCCUUGAAGAAGUUCAUUUUUGUCAAAAUGAAAGUGAUCGCGUCCAGUACUCUGUUCGACCGUUAUGCAAAUGCUCGGUGUAUAUUAGUUGGUAGACACCCAUAGUUCAUUCUGUGGCUACAACAAAUGUAUACUAGUUUUGACAUGAACACCUUGGUAUAAUGUUUGAUUGUAAUUGAAAGGCCAUCAUUAAUGUGGAUUUUUACCCUUGUUUUACUUCUGUUUCCAUGGCUUAUCCCUCAAAAUCGGUUGACCAGUCAAGUUGAGAUAUGAACUGAAUGCUGAAUGGUGGAAACCAACAUGUUCAUCUGCAUCUGUAGUGCAGAUUAAGGCCUGUUUAUGUUUGAACAGCGUAGAGACAACAGGAUCUGCAUCAAGUUGCUUCUUUCCUAUUGUUCAAUGGAUUUUGAGGCAAAACCUGUUGCAGUAAGCCGUGAAAGGCUACGUUUAAUGGAUUUUGAAGCAAAAGAGGAGCCCUUUUCCAUUACAAAUAUGAUGAAGCUGCUGACAAAUCACAAGACAUUCUUGCAUAAAUUAGUUUCCAAGGGACAAGGCAUGGAGAUCUGAAUCUAACUAUGAUCACCUUUGCCGGAACCCGAUCAACCAGAGGGGACCAAAAUCUGAUCACUGUAGUUGUAUAAUGGGAACAGUUCAAAUUCUGGUUUGGCUCCUGUCUCCCACUGGGGCUGGCUUUACAAUUGAUGUA